AGUGAGAGGCCGAGAAGGGAAAACGAAUCUUGAGAUAAGGGAGGUGUCGAUCAGCUGAGCCAGACUGUAUAUAAACUGUGCUGAGCUGAAACCUCUGGCAGCUGAGCAUCUUCUGUUCUCCUGUCAACAUCUGAAGACUUCAAGUUUUGCAGAGGAAUAAUUGUAAUCGAGCACAAGGACACUUUCAUCAUGGAUAUAAACAUCAUUAUGCUGAAUGGGACUUCCCGCGUCCUGAGUGUGCACCCUGAGGCCACAGUGGGCUCUCUGAAAGUCCUGAUCCAGCAGACACUGGGAGUCCAGGUUGAGACUCAGAGGCUGGUGUUUGUGAACGGGACGAAAACUCCUCUCAGUGACGACUCACAGCCCGUCUGCUACUACGGCCUGCAGCAAGGAGCCCGGGUCUCCCUGCUGGUUUCCCAGCCACCCCCUAUCCAGGUCUUCCUCAGGAACCCGAAGGGGAAGCUCAGCACCUACGACAUCAAACCAGACGAGACCGUGGCCAACUUCAAGAAAAGGGUCGAGUGCAGAGAGACAGAUGCGGGAAAGGGGAUCCCGGUGGACCAGCAGAGGCUCAUCCACCAGGACAGAGAGAUGAUGGAGGGGAAGCUGUCCGACUACAACGUCAAAGCGAUGAGCACCAUCAACCUGAAUCUGCGUGUGAGAGGAGGCUGAGGACACUAAUCUGGUUAAUUUAUCAGAAAUGUACAUUCCUUUAUUUAAUCUACAACAACAUCAUGUUGCUUAAAUUGCCAUAUUUCUUAUUUAUUUGUAUUUUCAUUUGGAAAAAUCAAUGCAUUCCUCUAAUUCUUCACAUCUUAAAAACGUUUUUUAUUGAUUUUGUUUUGGCUUUACAAAUGUUUUACAAACAGCACAGCAUGUUUUAAUCGUAUUUUGACAAAUAUACGUUUUAAUUAUGUUAACUGGACACUGUUAAAAAAAAUAAAGAAUCAAUUGUAAGUUU